GCAGUCGAGGGCAGGGCGGCACAGGGAGGGAACGCUGAGCGCGCUGCGCGUAGCGAAGGGACGCGUUGAUUGACAGUCGGAGGCACGGAGCGCCCCGUGCGGCACACAAGCGGAGCUCGCUAAUCUCCCCGUACCCGUCUUGUCAAAGGCAUCUCUGUGAAAUACCAGCAACAGCAGCCUGGCGCGAAUAAAGGAGGCUCUAUCCAUCCCCCUUGGCUCGGUGUCGGGAUCUUCUCGCCGAAUUAACGAGUAAAGGGAACGCGGCAGCUCUGCGACCCUAUCCCAUCCUGUCUUUACCUGUUCAGCCUUAACUGGACAUAGUCUGGGCUAACCUGUCGUCUCCAAGUGUCCUGGAAACUGGAGUGGAUGGACAGAAUGGUCAGGUUGCACUUUGCAAUCUGAGCCAAAGAAGAUUUCUGUCGAUUCCUUUUUAUGGAGUAAAAGGACUGCGCCCGGUGCUUUGGGGAUCAUUUGGGCAUAAUCUUUUUGUUUUUGUUAAAUUCAGUAUAAUUGUGCUGCAUCUGUGAGUCAAGUUACAAACCCUGGAGCCUGUAAACACUUUUUUCAAUUAUUUUUAAUUGGAAUAACCGCCAGAUAAUCAGGAGACUCUCGGGAGGAAUUUUGGUGCGUAAUUUGUGCGGUGUGCGGUUGCUGAGCCGCAGAAGUAGUUGUGUUUCCCUUCUUUUUUAACGUUAAAUAGCCCAUUUUUCAAUGGAGUAGCUAAAUCACAGGUAAAGACUUCAAAAAGAGCGGCUUUAUUCUCUGUCGCCUGGAACACACAGGCGGAUCUGAUGUGCAGAUUCUUCGUAGGAUGCUAAAUGACCGAUGGGGAAUCAUGAACAGCUCUUCUGAACUCGAAGAUGGGACUCGGCAUAAAAACCAGACGUUCUGUGAGUGUGUGCCCAGCUCCUCCCAGCUCAAACAUCGCUGGUCAGACUCAGAAACUGCCAGGGAGACCCCGGCCAAGAGGAUGAGCUGCAGCUACCUGCUUUGCACUAUCCUGCUCUUCGUGGCUGUACUGCUUGCUGUCACUGUAACUGGCACCAUCCUUUUUAUGAAUCACUACCAGGCCCCACCCAUGUCUGAUGGCCUACCCCACAUCUCUACCAAUCAGGAUGAAGCCAAUGCUUUGGUCACUGUUGAGAGAGGCGAUGGCUCUCGCAUCAACAUCUUCAUCGACCCCAACUGUCCUGACUACAACAGUAACUUUUUGCGCCUGGAGGGUGUACAGACAUCACUGCUCCACUCGCUAACUGACCACGACUCUGACCUGAAGUCAGUGAAAGGCCAGGAUCGGGCUCUUCUUGUCAGUCUGGCUGAGGAGGUGGCCAAGCUGUCAGCCCACGCGGGGCAACUGAAAAUGGACUAUGAAUCCUUACGCAGAGGGCAAGGCAGCCUGGGGCAAGACCUUAACACACUGCAGACGGAGCAGGGACGCCUCAUACAGCUGCUGUCAGACAGCCAGAUCAACAUGGUGAAGGUAGUGAACUCAGUGAGUGAUGCUCUUAAUGCCAUGCAGAAGGAGAACGUGGGCCUCAAGGCGCGUGUCAAGGCUGACUUACAGAGGGCACCAGUCAGAGGGGCCCGUCUGAAGGGCUGCUCCAAUGGCUCACGUCCCCGUGACUGCGGUGAUCUGUAUGCCAGUGGACAGCGAGAGGAUGGCAUCUAUUCUGUGUUUCCUGUUCACCACCCCGCAGGCUUCCAGGUCUACUGUGACAUGACCACAGACGGAGGAGGAUGGACGGUGAUCCAGCGCAGGGAGGAUGGCUCGGUCAACUUCUUCAGAGGAUGGGAGUCCUAUCGAGAGGGAUUUGGCAAGAUCACCGGUGAACACUGGCUCGGACUGAAGCAGAUCCAUGCCCUGUCCAUUCAGGGGAACUAUGAGCUACGUAUUGACUUGGAGGACUUUGAAAAUAGCACCGCAUUUGCCCAGUAUGGUACCUUUGGAGUAGGCCUCUUCUCAGUGGACCCCGAUGAUGAUGGAUACCCUUUGACUGUGGGAGACUAUUCUGGCAAUGCAGGUGACUCUCUGCUGAAGCACAACGGGAUGAAGUUCACCACCAAAGACAAGGAUAACGACCACUCAGAGAACAACUGCGCCUCCUUCUACCACGGUGCCUGGUGGUACCGCAACUGCCACACCUCCAACCUUAACGGCCAGUACCUGCGCGGUCAACACACCUCCUAUGCUGACGGCAUCGAGUGGUCCUCCUGGACUGGCUGGCAGUACUCCCUCAAGUUCUCCGAGAUGAAGAUACGACCUACCCGCGACCCAGAGAAUAAAUGAGAAAGACAAAAGAGAAAGAAGAAUUUUAUGAAACAUUACAAACCACAACUUCUGACAGCUAGGUGGAGUUACUUGUCUUGAUAUUGUUUAUUCACUAUAACAUACCUCUUUGAGUUAAGUCGAUUCUGCUGUUUGCCUCCUCAUGUUUCUCUCCCUUUUUGCUCCUCUUCCUGCAUCACUCAGCUACUAGUGUCAUGCUGGCUACCAUUAUCCCUCCUUCCCCCUAGUCCAUUUCUUUGAAAAAAUAAUAUAACCAUCAUCCCUUUAUUUUUGAUCAUUCAGUUAAAAAAAAAUGCAAACCCAGAGCUCCGAACCCACAGUCCACUGCGCUAGCUUUACUCAUGGUGGUCCAACCAUCUCCUGCGGAAUCACACACCAGUGAUUUCCUCUUGACAUGUAACUCUGACCUCCCAUCCGUGCUGACAUGGCACUUAGAUUGUGGUUCAGUCUCGAUGCCCAUUGCUGUAUAAUCUGUGGAUGGAGAGAGUCUUGCUCUAAAAAAAACCUUCACAAAAUAUGAAGAGGAGAUACAAAUCCUCCUUCCUCCACCUCUGCAAAGGAAAUCCAGAGUUUUCCCAGUGAGAAAGGACAGCGCAGUGGUACACUAUGUCACAUUUACAUCCUUGAUCUGUGUGAAUGAGACCCAGCAGGGUAGUGGCAAGAAGUGCGGGGCCUAAGAUAAUGAGAGAGAGACAGAGACAGAGAGAACGAGGAAACAAUUUGACAAGAGUUAAAUUAGUCGAAGCUAAAGACAGAGUGAAUCAAAGGGGAGAGAGGAAGUCGAAGUAGAGGAGGUGCAAAAAGGAUGAAAAAGAGAAAUGAGAAAAAGAAAGAGACAACGGAGGAUCUCAUUCAUCUGACUUGGGCCAUUAGGGAGCAUAUUGGGCACUUUGUCUGAUCUGCCUGCCAGCUGAGUACUGGCCAACUGAUGCAGCACUCACAGAUGGUAACCCAGCACUUUGUGUGUGUGUGUGUGUGUGUGUGUGUGUGUGUGUGUGUGUGUGUGUGUGUGUGUGUGUGUGUGUGUGUGUGUGUGUGUGUGUGUACGUGCAUAUGCGUGUGUGUCUGCGUGUACGUGUGUGUGUGUGUGUCUACAGAGAGAGACAGACAGAGUUCUCUCACACUAUCAAUUUCCUGUCAUGAGUUCAGUGGAGCGUCUCGACUGACUACAAUGUUUAGCACAGACAGACUAAACAUGAUGCAUGGCUGGCAUACCUUCACUCUCUCCAUCUAAGUAGUUAACAUGAAAUAACAAAGCUUGUAAAGUAUGUACAUGUAUUAAGAAGGAAAAGACAACAAUUUGGAGAAGAAUUGGGACCAGAGAAUGAAAGAGUAAUCAAAGACUGUGUCAUACCUACACUGUUGAUCUUAUUUUCUUACCUGUUGAGGAAAAGUCACACUUUUGCCAACAAUUCCCGUUCCCUCUUCUCUGGUUUGUUCUCUGUUUUGUAAUUUUUUUUCUCCUUUCCAGGUGAUUACUACGACAUUUGUUUUGUGUGACACAGUUUCUCUUGUCAUGCAAGCUGAGAGAAUGUUUCUGUAUAAUAAGAUUUGACGCUCUCAACCAGUCUUUUUCUUCUGAGUAGGAAUUCUACAAUGUGUUAUGGCAAAAACAAAAUUGCCUAAAGCAAACAAAAAAAAGAACAAUAGAAAAAUGAAAAAAAAAAAUCUUAUGAAGAAAAAACAAAGGCAACCUAUGGGCAGAAAAUAGUGCAAUUCCGAUUUUCUUUCCGUCUAUUUUUUUUUUAAGUCGGUGAAUCAACUUUUUUCAGUUUCAUCGAGUUUCUUUGGAUGUACUAAAAGCUUUAAAAAAUAUCUGUAGAUUUUAAUGUACAGUGUGUAUGACUUUUAGAGCAUGUAAAGCCGUUUUCUUACUAUGCUAAAACACAAAGAGUACUCAAGCACAUGGACAAAAAUCCACCAGUUAAAAAAAAAAAUGUAAGUAAUGUAUUAGAGAACUUUUUCCCUUCCUCUAUGUGAGCGACAGGUGGGAGUGGCCCAGGCUGCACCGAAGGUCGAAUAUAUGAAUGAAGAGGAGGAAUGUGAUUAUCCCUCAAGCACAUGCCCAUUCAAAUCUGCAGCACAAAUAUAAAUCUUUUAUGGAGGAACAAUAUGAGAGAGAUUUCAAACCUCUUGGCACGUUAGCUGCCUUGCUGGACAUAUGCGAUCUUUCUGACAUUUUGGCUUUGGAAAGUCAUAUGGCACUGUCUGGGAGACAGUUUUGAAUGUGUGUUGAAAGGUGUCAUCCCAGCUGACAGCAAGUUAACGUGUAGCACAGAGCAACGCUGCACUGAAUACCUCUGACACUUGAACAGCUGUGAGUUUUUCUGUCAUCACCGGUGCUUGGGAGGAUCCCGCUUUGCUGUGUGCAUUUCUGCAGCACCUCUGCUGUGUACAUACAGCUCUAAGUCAUGUCUCGGUGGACUACUGCCACCUUCUCUUUGACAUCAAAGCACAGACACAUGUUAUAGAUACUUGCUGAUGUAAUAAUGGCACAGAGUAUGAGGUCUGAGAAAGGCAGAGGAUAUGGCAAAUUUAAAAAAAAGUUGGAAAUGUAUAAAGUCACUCAAGGAGAAGGAACCGGACUGCGUGUGAGAAUGUAUGCAAAUGUAUGUGUGUGUCUCUUUGUUCUAGACAGAGCAGAGGGGUGUGUGUGUGUGUGAGUGUGUGUGCACAUGUGUGCGUCUACAGUGUCUCUGUGUGUACACAUAUAUGCACAUGCUUUGGUUUGUACAUGCCCAUGUGCAUGAGCCAGACAACAGAGCGGGAGGCUGAGUGUGUCUCUCUGUGGAAAUUUUGAAGUAAUGUGAUGCUUAUGUACAACUUGCCUCCCCUGCUAUUUGUGUUGAUAACAGAGAGAUUUACAUAAUUAUAAUGAACUAUUACUUAUUGUGAUUGUGAACCCAUAAAAGUGGACACCACCUUCUGGUACUGUGUUGAACUGCGCUCGUACCCUAAAACCCUGACAAACCCACUCCCAAAAUCUUUAUUCACCUCAACACCACAUUGUGCUCACUGUAUAUGUUAAUGCUAUGUUGCCCCUUGUUAUUUAAAUGUAAAGACAAGUAUUAUUUGCCAUGCCCCCUUUCGUGUUUUUGUUGAGUGAAUGCUUUUACAGUCACUCUCUCUGCUGCAGCUUGCUAAGUCUCCAACGGAAGAGAUGAUAAAAGAGUGAAAUCAGAGGCUCUAAUCAUUCCCAGUUAUCCCGCUCAUUACAGUGCAUCAGCACCCUCCUGAUCGAUCCCCCAGGUCCCCAAACCUCCUAUCUUUCUUACUGUGUACCUCCUUAAUUGCCUUAGCCUCUGCUGCCAAUUCCCUCUCACUCCAUAGAUCCUAAAUUCACCUCUCUUCUCUUCCCGGCUCCUGAUUCCCUGCCUCUUUAAUGCUCUGCUUUUUGCCCCACUCCUGUCCCCACUCUCCUCUCUCUGGCCCUCAGUCCUCCCAUUCCUUCAGUCCCAGCGCAGAACUAACUCUGUUUUCCUUUUCUUUUCUUUUUGGUGAAGUACUAUAGAUUGUUUUGCUGAAUCUUGAUACUGUGUUUUAAUGUUCUUGUCAACAUUUAAUAAACAUUCACAUUUUAUAAA